AUGUCGACAGCAUACAAAUGCGUUGCCGGUCAUGAGCACCGCUCCCAAAAUCCUGUCGCCGGACUCGCUCUACUUGCUGAAUUAGAUGGAGUGAUGAACGCUUUCCUAGAUCGUCGCCUGAACGGGACGUGGAGUACUUAUGGUGGGUUCGUUGACCGUGAAGAGACCAACCGUCAAGCGGCGUUUAGAAAAACAAGGGAGGAAACGGGCCUCAUCGAUGACGACCUCAUCUAUAUUGAGUGGCAGGCCACCAAUGAGCACGGCAACGGCUUCAGAUACACGUGUCUUUGCGACUCCCUCAGGCAGAAAAAGAAUCGACAAGGACACCGUCAACUUUCCUCCGAAAGCCCAGGCGCCGGCUGGUACCCAAUCAACGACCUGCCACGACCCCUACAUCCCUGGUUCGAAGAAUGGAGUGGUAAUCUCGUCCAAAUGGCAACCGCGGCGCAGCACCACCCCGAUCUGUACCGAGAAGUCAAUGGCAAGCCUCAACAGUUCCUGGCAUCGCAGCAGCAAUUCACGGAAUGCCAGAAAAAGCUCGCGGCAUCUCGGCAGCAGUUCAGGGAAUCGCAGCAGAAUCUCACGGCAACUCAGCAGCAGUUCAGGGAAUCGCAGCAGAAUCUCACGGCAACUCAGAAUCUCACGGCGUCAAAGCAGCAGCUCGUGGACUCGCAGCACUCAGAGGCUAGAGCAAAUGCCCGGAUAGCCAAUGCUCAGGGCCAGAAGCCUACCAAGCCCAGUGGUCAAUUACCUCCGAAUACCUACAUCUCGCCGAGCCCGACCGGGAGCCCGACCCAGAGCUCGCCCGAGAGCCCCGACCAGAUAUUCUUGAGCCCGCCCCAGACCACGUCCCAGACCCCGUCCCAGAGUCCGCCCCAGAGCCCGCUGAUGCAACAACUUACCAAACAGUUCAAAGGCAUGCAGGUAACCGAUGUCACACCCCAGACAAUGCAGCAGCUUAUCCAACGGCUUCAAGCCCUGCAGAUUGCCGACGUCACGCCUGAGGUUCUGGGGCACGUGGUCCAGCAUAUCGAGGCCCUGAGGACCACCAAUAACGUGCCCCAGAACCAUCCGACUCAGGAUGCGCUUAUGCAAGAGCUCGUCGACCGGCUCCAACGCAUGCAGCUCGAGGGUGUUACGGCCGCGGAUCUGGAGUGGCUCAACACUCGAUUCGCAGCCAUGCAGAUCAACGGCGCCGCGCGGCAGGGCCAGGCGCCCCAGGCCACCGGUAUCCCGCCUCAAGCCCCGGCGCCGGCCGGCCCCGGCCUUUCUCAAAAUCCAUGUACAGUGCCACGACCAAUAUCAAUAACUCGAUCCUCAACAGUAUCAUGCCCUUUGGCUGGGCCGGAGCCGGAGCCGGAGCAAACACGGCACCUCCGCAAGGUCCGCAAGGUCCGUAGACAACUCCUGCACAGCCCGAACUAA